CGAGGUCCCCGGCCAGGGCUGCUAUAGGGUUUGCUGCUUGGCGGCAUCAUGCAGGUCUCCAGCCUCAACGAGGUGAAGAUUUACAGUCUCAGUUGCGGCAAGUCAUUGCCUGAGUGGCUUUCUGAUAGAAAGAAGAGAGCAUUACAGAAGAAAGAUGUAGAUAUCCGUAGGAGAAUUGAACUUAUUCAGGAUUUUGAAAUGCCUACUGUGUGCACCACUAUUAAAGUGUCAAAAGAUGGACAGUAUAUUUUAGCGACUGGAACAUAUAAACCUCGUGUCCGAUGUUAUGAUACCUAUCAAUUAUCCUUGAAGUUUGAAAGGUGUUUAGAUUCAGAAGUUGUUACCUUUGAAAUUCUGUCUGAUGACUACUCAAAGAUUGUCUUCUUACAUAAUGAUAGAUACAUUGAAUUUCAUUCACAAUCAGGUUUUUACUACAAAACCAGAAUACCAAAGUUCGGGAGAGAUUUCUCUUACCACUAUCCAUCCUGUGACUUGUACUUUGUUGGUGCGAGUUCUGAAGUUUAUAGGUUGAAUUUGGAACAAGGACGAUACCUGAAUCCUCUACAAACUGAUGCUGCGGAGAAUAACGUUUGUGACAUAAAUUCAGUCCAUGGUUUGUUUGCCACAGGAACAGUAGAGGGUCGAGUAGAGUGCUGGGAUCCAAGAACUCGUAGUAGAGUUGGCCUGUUAGACUGCGCAUUGAGUAGUGUCACAGCAGAUUCAGAGAUAAACAGUUUACCAACAAUCUCUGCUUUGAAAUUUAAUGGUGCCUUGACCAUGGCAGUUGGAACAUCUACAGGGCAGGUUUUAUUAUAUGAUCUUCGAUCUGAUAAGCCAUUGCUAGUUAAGGAUCACCAGUAUGGGCUGCCCAUUAAGUCAGUUCAUUUCCAGGAUUCACUAGAUUUGAUUUUGUCUGCAGACUCUCGAAUUAUCAAAAUGUGGAAUAAGAACUCAGGGAAAAUAUUUACUUCUCUGGAGCCAGAGCAUGACCUUAAUGAUGUUUGUCUCUACCCCAACUCAGGAAUGCUUUUUACUGCCAAUGAAACCCCUAAGAUGGGCAUCUAUUACAUUCCGGUUUUGGGUCCUGCCCCUAGGUGGUGUUCCUUCCUGGACAACUUGACAGAAGAAUUAGAAGAGAAUCCAGAAAGCACAGUAUAUGAUGAUUACAAGUUUGUCACCAAAAAAGACCUUGAAAAUUUAGGGCUUACACACCUCAUUGGAUCACCUUUUCUCCGGGCAUAUAUGCAUGGAUUUUUCAUGGACAUAAGACUCUAUCACAAGGUGAAAUUGAUGGUAAAUCCAUUUGCUUAUGAAGAAUAUAGGAAAGAUAAAAUACGGCAGAAGAUAGAAGAAGCACGUGCCCAGAGAGUCCAAUUAAAGAAAUUGCCGAAAGUUAACAAAGAGCUGGCGCUUAAGUUAAUUGAGGAAGAAGAGGAGAAGCAAAAAUCCACAUGGAAAAAGAAAGUCAAGAGCCUUCCUAACAUUCUCACCGAUGAUCGAUUUAAAGUUAUGUUUGAGAACCCUGACUUCCAAGUGGAUGAAGAGAGUGAAGAGUUUAGGCUUUUGAAUCCACUUGUUUCGAAAAUAAGUGAGAAAAGAAAGAAGAAACUAAGACUCUUAGAGCAACAAGAACAUCAUGACAAAGAAGAGGAGGAAGAACUGGAAGGAAAACCAAGCGAUGCAGAAAGUUCGGAGAGUUCAGAUGAUGAAAAAGGCUGGGUUGAGGAGGUCAGGAAGCAGCGCAGACUGCUCCAGCAGGAGGAAAAACUGAAGCGGCAGGAGCGGCUCAAGGAGGACCAGCAGACGGUCCUCACACCCCAGUUUUAUGAGAUCAAAGCAGGAGAGGAGUUCAGAAGCUUCAAAGACUCUGCCACAAAGCAGAAGCUGAUGAACAAAACCCUUGAAGAUCGUUUGAAAAUUGAAGCAAAAAAUGGUACAUUGAGUGUAUCAGACACCACUGUUGGCAGCAAACAAUUGACAUUCACAUUAAAGAGGUCUGAGCAACACAAGAAGCAACAGGAAGCUGAGAAACUACAUAGACAAGAAAGGAAAAAGCUCCGUCGCUCAGCUGGUCACCUGAAGUCAAGACACAGAAGAGGGCGGCCGUUUCAUUGAACUUGGAAGGGAUUCUACGUGUGAUUAGGAAGGAGCACAACUUCCCCAAACUGACCGUCAUUAGCGUAUAAACAUAGGCAAAGGAAUGUACAUUUUAAAGUUCUGUGUAACUUCUUGCACAUGGAGGUAAAGAUUUGAUAACUUGUCCCUGUGCUUCUGCCAGCGCCCGCCACAUGGCCCCAGAGGUGCUGUUGCAAAUUACUGUUCCCUCUGAGCAUUGUCCUUUUCCCCAGUUUUAAUCAUGUGAGCCAGGCUGUUGUCUGUGUAAUAUUGUAAAAUGUGCCGUGAACUGAGAGGUCUAUCGUGCGGUGAAAACAGGUCUGUCGUGUUCUAAGGACUUUUUCUUGCAGUGCCUGCUGCCAUCUUGAUUAAGCCACCCAGAAUAUCCCCCCUGCUUUAUUUGCUAUCUCUGUAUUGGCCAUGUUUGUGUUUAUAAGUAUAAGCUGGUAAGUGUGUUGCCUUGUGUAUGUAUGAGUUUGAGAUUUUUAAAAAUAUUUUUAUACCGGCCGGGCACAGUGGA